AACACACAAUUUGACAGGGUUGAUGUGAAGUAAGAGUUUUAUUGGGUGUAUCAGAUACGGGUUUAAAGAGGUUUUUUAAAUAUGGGUAAACCAAUAAAGAAACGAGGCUAUGUGCCCCUCAUGAUAUUCAGCGUCCUUUUCUUCGCGUUCAUCGUCCUCAUGGUGUGUCGCUGCAAGUACCGCUCUAAAGGAAAGAACAAAAUAAAAAGCAUCGCCCCGACCAUCCCGGACGACCCAAACAGAACAAUGGUAUUGAAAAACGUGGGGGACAUGCCGGACGUGGACCAACAGAGGUACAGUCCGGUGGUAGCCAGUCCUCAGAUCAGGGAGAGAGAUGUGGAGAGGGCUGACAGUGAGACGGGGAGCAACUGUAACGGUGCUAACUCACAAGUUUGAGGGACUCCAGAGAGGGCUGAUAAGCUUUUUUAUUCUGAGAAUAUUGAGUGUAAUUAUAGUGGGGAUCAAAUGUACGGUGGUUUUAAAGACAAUGCUGUGUGGACGGUGAUGCUGCAAGGAAGUCCUUAUGUUAAAAAAACAGUGAAUUGAACCGAACAGAUAGUCGAGUUUGCUUGGACUAUAUAAGUUAAAGAACUGAGGUUGAUUAGUCGAACGUUCAAGGUAAAUUACAUUGUCUGAUGGGAAGCUGAAAGCCACAUUCAACAAAGACAAUUUAUUAAUAUUAUAGCCAGUCAAGUGGUAAGAACUGAAGAACAUUUCCACACAAGGUCUGGAGGAAAAUGUCUUUAUUAUAAUUCGAUAAUUUUAAAUUAAAAGGGAUUAUUUGUAUUCUGAUGAUUGCAUGUUUCAUGGGCCAUUGAAUUUAGAGAAUAUAUGUAAUUUUCUAAAUGAAAGAGCAUUCGUUAAAAGUUUAAAAAAAAAUUACUUACUGUAUAUUAUUACAUUAAAGUAAUACAAUAUAUUUUAGCAGAGGGUAAGAAUCAAAUAAAUAGUGUUGCAUGAAAUUGAUUCCCUAGAAAGUUGUCCAUUAAACAUAAAAAUUUGAUGCAUGAAUUCCUGGAGAAUUUGGAAUGAUCAAUGAACAUUUCUUUAGAUUAAAUAAAUGCGCUGAAUGUUUAGUUUUGUAUAUUUAUCACCAGUUGAGCUGAUUUAUGAGAGUUUCUGGUUGAAUUUGACAACUACCAGUUUGCAUGAGGGUGGAGAGGAGGUAUGAUGGUGUUGGCACGAAUAAAAUAAACUAAC